GAGGACGUUAGCAAAUGUGGGUUCAGGUCAGGAUUUGUUUUCCCUGAACCGUGAGAAGCCUUGGGAACCGGCCACGUUCAGUUCAGAAGCAUUGUAGCUCACGGAUCCCGUUCCCCCAGGAGGGCUUCUCUGUCGCCCAGAUGUCCUGGGGCUCUAGGCCGCCCCGUCUCCCUAGAACUGGGAUUACAGGCUCAGGCUGUCGCCGCCACCUCCGCACUGCCGCCCCUGGCUCCGUGGUGAUGUGUGGGGUCGCGGCUCUAGGGUGUUGGGUCCUUGGACCGCGUCCUUCCAAGUUCCACAGCACUUCGGUGCCCCAUAGCGGGAGGAGAGAAGCAGGUGCUGCACCUGUGCCCUUGGUGAUAGCUGGGAUGAACUUUUGUUUAGACACCCAGGGAUCGCGCUGGGUGGAAAAGCUCUGUACAACCCGCAACCAGCCGGGCACGGUGUCGCGUGCCUGUCAUCCGGCAUCCAGCGAGGCAGAGGCCGACGGACCUGUGCGUUCGAGGCCGGCCUGGUCUCCAGAGCGAGUCCAGGGCAGCCAAGGCCGCCCAGGAACCUGUCAGCCAAAUCAAACAAGCCUGAAAGCUCCUGAGCGCGCACCCGUCUCCUCCGUGUUCGACACAGAGGAACGACCUAAGGGCGGCCCUGCGCGACCUACUAAAAACCACCGGCGCGGGGCGGGGGGUACGGAAUCGGCUUCCUGUCUCCAGCCCGUAGCGUUCAGUCCGCGCGAGGGCCCCGCCCCCGCCGCCCGCCGUGCCUGCCGCCGCCUUCCUGUUUCCACUCCGGUCCGCAAGGCCAUUAUAAAGCGAGAGGCGCCGCGGGCUGAGGGCCGUGAGUGUGACUCGCUGUUGUGCGUUCUUCGAACAAUGUCUGGUCGCGGCAAGGGCGGGAAGGGCCUGGGCAAAGGCGGCGCCAAGCGCCACCGCAAGGUGUUGCGCGACAACAUCCAGGGUAUCACCAAGCCCGCUAUCCGCCGCCUGGCCCGGCGCGGAGGCGUGAAGCGCAUCUCCGGCCUCAUCUACGAGGAGACCCGCGGGGUGCUGAAGGUGUUCCUGGAGAACGUGAUCCGCGACGCCGUCACCUACACGGAGCACGCCAAGCGCAAGACCGUCACCGCCAUGGACGUGGUGUACGCGCUCAAACGCCAGGGCCGCACGCUCUACGGCUUCGGCGGCUGAAGCCUUGGUCCGCGCUUCUUUCCAAAGGUCCUUUUCAGGGCCGCCACCUCCUCCACGAAGGGCUGCAGCAUGGCUUGUCAUGUUCUCGGGCAAGGACGCGUGUUCGAUGGGGACUGUGUGUUUUAUUUCUAACACUCUGCCUGUGGAACUCUCAGCCUCCACACUUUUUUUUUCUAUUCAAACUCAAAUCCUGGGGCCGUAAAUAGCAUCUGCCCUUCAAUGACUUCCAACUUUAUAUCUCAAGCUGAAGUUUUUGUCCAUAGCUUAUAGAAAAUAUCCAACUCCCUGCUUUAUUCACAAACCCUUGUGGGGGGGGGCUUGCUUGUUUGCUGUUCUAUUUUCUUUAUAAGAUGGAAUCUUAAGUAGCCAGGGCUGGCCUUGAACUCAUUUUAUUGAGACUAGGUUUGAACAAUGAUCCAGCUACCUCCUCUCUUCACCCACAAAGUGCUGGGGUUAUAGACAUGUGUAAACACACCCAGCUUGCGUAACUCUGUUACCUGGACCCAGGACUUCCUGCAUGCUAGGCAAACGCUUUGCCAACUCCACCAACUGAGCCACAACCUCAAACCCACACAUAGCUGUUGAAUGAACUGAGAACAAAACAUCAAAUACACAAACACUUAACAUUCUGUCAGUAGUCUGUUUCAGUCAAGAUUACUAUUGCUGUGAUGGACACCAUGACCAAAGCGACUUGGGGAAGAGGAUUUAUCUGGCUUACACUCCCACACCAGUGUUCGUCCUUGGAGGAAGCCGGUGCAGAGACCUGGAGGAAGGCACUAAUGCAGAGGCCAUGGAAGAGUGCUGCUACUGGCUUGUUCCCCAUGCUUGCUCAGACUGCUUUCUGUCCUUCUGGGUUUGGUGUACUUAGGUUUCCCUGUUUCCAGUUUUGAUUCUCAACUGUCCUGUAGAAGGGUGUGGUCGUUCCAAAUUAAAAUACCGUGGAAAGUCUCUGUUAAAUCAAUUCAAAGCAUAUGUCAAAGGGAAAGAAAGGGGGCAACUUAGCACUUCCGGUGAGGAUGCAAGAAGGCGUGCCGCACAGCAGCAAGCUUGUGGGUGACACUGUUGGUGUAUUUUAUCCUCCUCGUUGCAUCACGGCUCUACUGUGGUUAUGAAGACAAGUGUCCCGGUUUGGGCAAAGUGGAAAGUAGCUGGACCAAGGACCUGUAUCUCCGUUAUUGAAGAGCACAGACAAAGAGCCUGCUCUAAGCUGCCAUCCCAGAGCCUUGUCUACCUGCUCCCUGCCCUUCUGCUGCUGUGCUCUCUGUCAUGAUGGUCAUGGACCCAGGCCCUCGAACCAUCAGUCUCAAUGAACAUUUUCUUUUAUAAAGUGUCUUGGUCAUGAUGUCUGUUCACAGCAACAAUAAAUGUAACUAAGACAA